GCCGUUUCAGAUUAGAUGGAAACGUGUGAAACAAGCGACCAGCUUCCAGAAAAUAAAGAAAACGCCGCUAUGAGUAUUCAGUUUGGAGACGAGGCUCCAGCAUCAGAUAUCAUCGAGCAUUUUGCGAAAGAUCCAACUCCAGCUGAGCAGGCUGAGGAAGCGCUAGCUGCAAACGAAAAGGGUACUACCAAGAUUGAAGCGCCAGCACCUAGUAUUGAUGAUAAUGAUAAAAUAGAGAACGGUGGUGUAUCUGAUUUCGAUCGUCAAAGUAGCGAAGCUACAAAUAACUCUGAUAGUUUCAAAAUGACUCAGCUGGACAUCAUCGCUUCAAAUUCCUCGAGCUAUGACUCAGUCGAACUGGCUAGUACCCGCGCUGAAGCUGCUCGAUCUCAUCAGAGUCAACACGCAAGCGAAGAGCCAUCUUCACCCCCGCGUCCAUUGAGCUCAUCGAACGGCAUGAGUCCCGAAGAGUAUGAGGAAUUUGUCCUGAGAAUAUUGAACGUCAAUAUCUGCAAAAACCAGAAAGACAGACAAACUGUUGAGUGGAUUGAGUCCCAGCUCACUGAGUUCAUGGUGGAUGAGGCCACCAGUUACAAGAGGUUUGAGGAGAUGACGUCAUACCAUCGUAUGCUGGUGCACAGAGUGGCCGAGUACUACCGACUGUACCACCACGUGGACCAGAGUGGCAAGUGUGUGGUCGUGUCCAAACAACACACACAUCACGCCCCCCUCCCUCCCUCUUCCGCCUCAAUCCACCAGGGUGGUGGGAGGAUUGGGAAUAAUGGGACAGCAGCCCAACAAGCUACAGCCGGAGGAAUGAUGGCGAGUCCAUCUGGCAGCACUGGUGGUCAUCACUCGCGGGGAGGAGGGGGGACAGGGGAUGGUGGGGAGGACAUGAUGACGUCACCAAACUCCGCCACCCAACACUCCCACUCUUCAUCCACUACUUCCUCUUCCCACAACAACAACAUGAGUCAUCACCACAAUUCAUACAACUCCUCAAGCAACAGGGCACCGCCGAGCGGAAAUCAGAGGUAUCCCAACCAGAUGGAUUUUAGAGGAAAUAACCCUGGCUACUACACUCCUGAUAGCAACUCGAUCAUGGCUGGUACUGGACUCGCUUCUGGUCAGCAGGGAUCUUUUAGGAGAAAGCCGAACACACUGCCUUUGAACAAGAGGCUCAAUGCGCCUUAUAAAGAGCAGGUAAACUUCAGUGGUCCUCGCAAACCGUCGGGAGGAUACCAAGUGCCUCCGAAUCAGGGAAUUGGUCGAUAUGGGGCCAGUUUUGAAAACAGCUCCAGUCGGCCUAAUAUCAACAACUCUAACUCACAAGCGCCUCAGUCUUUCAGAAACAGGGCUCCCAACCAGCAUCCUCCUGCUGCUAAAGCGUUGAGAUUUCCGAACAGCAAGUCGGUUCCAUCUCUCAAUACGAUGGGGUCGAACUUCGGAGCAGGAGGACCCAUGUCCAUUUCAAGCAACGCCCCUUUCGCUCACAUGUUCAACCCAGCUGCCAAUCCAAUGGGAAAUUUGCAGCAGUUCAACUACUUCGCUGGACAACCGAGAGCACCCAUGGGAAUGCAGGAAUCGGGACUCCUCGGAGCUCCUCCAAUGGGUUCCCCGUAUUCUCUCCUGGAGAGCUCAGGGCCUCAAGGGGCUAACCAGGGACAGUUCCCAGCAGGCGUGCCUCUGAAUUGGAUUCUAGCGCAGCAACAUGCGGGGAAUCCGGUGGGUGCGAUGGCUCUGUUGAACCCAAGUAUGCUGAGUGCUCAGAUGGCGGCUGCUAGUACUCUGAAUGGACUUAGUAUUGCCCAGAGUCAGAUGCUGCAGGAUGCCAAGGGAGCGAUGCAACCAGGAGUUCAACUGCCAUAUCCAAGUGGCAAGGGUGAUGUCCCCGCCCCACCCCCUCCCCAUUUGGGCCCAUAUGGCAAUAUGGGGAGUGGAAGUGCUAGUGGAGACUCUCUGUCUACUACUGUCUCCAGUUCAAGUGCCAAUAAUCAAAAGUCAUCUUCUUCUCAACCACAGCAAGAAACAACUCCAUCUGCAGCUCCCAAUGUUAAUAGCGCCCAAGUGCCCAAAAGCAACAACAAUGAGACCGAAUUGACUAGCAAUGCUGAGAAAACGAACGUCGAGGAAGGCGCGAAAAAGAACUCGGCGGACAGUUCUUGUGGGUCCGAAAGCUUUGCAGUUGAAAACCCGAAUGAAUAUGGCAAUAUAAGCACUACAUCCGACAUCUCAACGGUCGCAGCCAAUGGAGUGCCAAGCAACAAUAUAAAAAAUAAUAUUCAUAUGAACCCCAAAAUAGCUUUACUCAGUCAGCCUAAACCACAGUUACAACAGCAGCAGUCUAAACAACAACAGAGCCCUGCCCCGCCCAAUGUCACUAGUGCCGCGAGUAAAUCUGUAGCAGGAGGAGCAUUUGGUCAAUAUUCGAAUCCCAAUUUACAACAAGAUGGUCAAUACUUGUCUCAAGCUUACCAACCCCAAUUUCAGAAUGGGGCUGGCUUAGGGGGAAUGAAUAGUAUACAUCAGCAUCAGCAACAGCAACAAAUGAUGCAACUUCAGCAGAACUACAAUAUGGCCGCAAUGUAUAACCAGCAGAUGCUGCCAAGAGCUCCGAGUUAUAACCAGAUUGAUGUGCAAGGAGCAACGGCAGCUAUGGCAGGUCUGAGAAUGCAGUCAAAUGGCGGGGCCAAUGCUCUGGCUGCAUCCAGUCCUCUCAUGUUCAACUCCUCAGUUGCGGCGGCGAACCAGGCAAGAAGCAACCCCGGUGGCGCCCAAAACCAGCCGUGGAUGAGUCAAGCGGCUACAGCACAACAGAGGGCUGAAUUAGCAAAUGCAAUGAUGAACAUGGCAUCAAUGAACGGGGGAGCAGGAGGGGCACAUGGUGGGGCAGGGGGACAGGUGUUGACGAUGAACAGAGAUGGAAGUUAUCACAACUCGGCUAUCAUUCCAAACUUCAAUCAUAAUCAAUUAGUCGGGGCUGGUCAAUACGGUGCCCUCUACCCCGGUCAAACGGGCGGUCCAGACUUGGCGCCUUACUUAAAGCAGCCUAACAAUUUGCAACAAGUUUCUCUGAUGGCCCAAAAUAUGCAAGCUGCUCAAACCCCCCAAUUUCUGAUGAAUCAGCAACUGCAUCUAGCUCCCCAUGCACAAAAUACUCCUCACUAUAUGGCUCCAAACGCUUCCGAUCACCAGCAAGUGACUGCAAAUGCUUUGCAACAGCAAGGGCUAUUAAAUUCUCAGCAAGCUCAACAAUACAACCAGCAUCUGCAAGCUCAGAUUGUGGCCUCAUCUUAUGGAAUGAUGCAAAAUGCUCAACAAAAUAACCAAACGGUUCUGAAUGCAUCCCAGAAUGGAGCUGAGAGAUUCAUGAAUGUGUACAACGCUGCUUCGCCCAUGCAGCAAAAUGUACAAAUGGGAUCGUAUGUUCUGAGCCAGGCUAAUCAACCAAUGAAUGCGGCUGGUCCGGGGGCAAUGUAUGCAGCAACUGGACAGGUGCCUGGAUUUGUUCCAGGGGUGUAUGGCGCGGCAGCUGCACCGCAGUUUACUUCGGGAGUUGUGGUGUCGACUCCUAACAAGGCUUCCUACGGGCCAAACAAUACUUUGAGUGCAAACAAAGGCGCAGGCUACAAUGGAGUGAAUAACAAUAGCAACGCGAGGUCCCCCAAAAUAGAAUCUGCUGUAGCGGAAUCCAGUCCAUACAAACCCAACGGGGGGAAUCCAAAGGAAGGAGGAAACUCUGCAUCUGCUGUCUCAAAAGACUGACCUGUUCGCCCAAGGUCAAACGAAAUUCUUCACGUAUGUCACUCGUGUGAAGUUACCUAAAGGUCAAUAAAUCAUUGCACUACUGAGUAGUUAUUUGAAGUAUUGACCUUUUGAUGCUCUCACAAUCAUCUCGUGUGUCUAUCGAUAUGUGCAAUCUAAAAUUUAGUGAACAGAAGAAGUAUGAAGGGAUAACAGUCUCAGUAAGUAUAGAGUCGGAGAAAACUUAUUUUUGCUAAGGAAUGUCGUCUUUUGUCAGCCGGUCGGGACGUAAAAAUAAAAGAUUCCUGUGGCGUUCAAAAUAGCCCUGGUUUUAUCACAUGUGCAGUAAAGUUCUUUUCUCGUCUUCGGUUCUUACCAUUUGUAAUCCCGCCAAUUUUAGCGGACAUCGAAAGUUUUACUGCUGCUUUAAAAUUGCGGGUCAAAUUUCCAAAAUAAACAGAAGCUAAAUUAUAAAGGUCUUGGUAAAAAUGCUGGAAACCAACUCUUCAACUAUUGCUUUAUAGAAUACAAAUUAAAGCUAGUAUUAGUUACUCAGUUAAUAUAGAUUUAAAUAAGAGUAGCAUUUUUGCCCUGCCAAACAAAGAUACGAAAAGCCGGAAAUACUUUCAAAAAUAAUUCAAAAUUAACAAUUUCUGGCUUUUGGAGGAAUAAAGUAGUAUUGUAAAUAUGUCCUUUAGAGGGCAAGAGCAAAGUGCAUUGUAUUUAUGAAUGAACUCUGAAGUGAAAUGGAUAGGAACAAGUGUUAUUUCUAUGAUAUCUGAAAGUUGAUUGCACAAAAGUCAAUCGCCGCAUUCUUCGAAGUGGAAUUAUUAUUGCAUUGAUACAAUCAGUCACAAAGAGAUAGAUCUAUCUGCAGAUUAUAUUUCAUACGUAUGUCCAUGUCUUGAAUGAAUGAACUCAAUUGAACCCAUCUCGCCUACUUGAUCCAACCAUUUGCGAACAUUUGUGAUGAGGAAUAAAUUGAACAGUCAGUGAAUGAAUGAAGAAGAUAGAGGGCUAUAUUUUCCGAAAUUUUUAAUGUAGAUCUAGAUCAAAGCAUUAAUUAUGAAAAUUUUUCUUACGAA